AUGAGCAAUCUCAACAUGUCCGCCGGCCUCCUGAAGGCGAUCGUCGCCCGUGUUCCGCUCAUUCUAAAGACCGUUCUUCUUCAUGGCAUGCGUCUGUCUCCGGUCUCAGGCAAGCAAGACCUUCGCACGGAAUUAACCGUCGUCGUCAUUCGCUCCUUCAUAAAUUUCUUCCUGCCUAUCGGCGUCCAGCAGAAACAAAGCAUGCGAGAUCCCGGCAUCAAAGGGCCAAUGUGGGUGUCCAAGGUCACAUUGCCUGCGCCCGAGGAUGGAGUGCAAGACGCAUUGUUCAAGGCGAUUGAAGACCUGAAAGCAGGUGGCGAGACUUUCGAUAUUCCGGGUGUUAGGCCUGUCGAGGCCGAGUGGACGGGGUAUCGCAGCGGGGCAGGCAAGAACGCACCACAGCCGGACAUUUCGGAGGAAGACAAAUACAAGAAGCUGCAGGAGGAGUCACAGUCGGACACGGUGAUCUUAUAUUUUCACGGAGGGGCGUACUUCUUGAUGGAUCCCUGUACUCACCGUCCCCUGGUGACUGAGCUUUCUAAGAGAACGGGUGCUCGUGCUCUAUCAGUGCGCUACCGUCUUGCUCCUCAGCAUCCCUUUCCGUCAGCGCUCCUUGAUGCGUUGGUCGCCUACCUCUCGCUCCUCGCGCCGCCACCCGGCUCAUUGCACGAAGCUGUGCCCGCAAAGAAGAUUGUCUUUUCCGGCGACUCGGCUGGAGGAAACCUGUGUUUGGUUCUGCUUCAAACCCUCCUUACGCUUCGGCGCGUCUCUCCAACAAUCAGCUUCCAUGGGCACGAAAUUCCCAUUGAGCUUCCCGCCGGAUUGGCUCUUAGCUCUCCCUGGUGCGACGUUACGCGAUGCAUGCCUUCCGUCGUUCACAAUGCGCCUUACGACUACCUGGCACCACCACCUCAAGACCACGAGAUAGCCUAUCGACCACCGCAAAUACCCUCGGAUGAGUCCUGGCCCUGCAGUCCCCCACGUGUCGACUUAUUCGCGAAUGCAGACGCUCUCAUUCACCCCCUUGUUAGCCCCCUAGCAGCGCCCAAGGAUCUCUGGAGGGACGCGCCUCCCGUCUUCAUAUCCGUGGGUGAGGAGGGCCUCACGGACGAGGGCUUGGUUGUCGCCCGCAAGAUGCAUCAGGUCGGUGUUCCGGUCGUGGUCGAGCAGUUCGAGGGUAUGCCCCAUUGCUUUGGACUCAUGAUGAUGGAAACGUCUGCUGGACAACGUUUCUUCGACGGUAUGGCCAACUUCUGCAGUGACGCAACCGCGAACACGGUCAAGUCGACCGGAAUUAUCAACUACAUCACCUACAAACUGCGAUCGACUCACCAAAUCUCCUUCGAUGAUGCCGUGCCUCUCUCCGAUGAGGAGGUGGACGAUCGACUGCGUAAAUGCAGGACCUGGCGCUGGGAAGGGGAGAAGCAACUGCUAAAAGAGUGGUCUGAGAGAGCGAAGCUAUGA